CCGCGAACUUGUGGAUCGGGCAUCUUUCCCAUUUUUUCCCCUUUAUUUCUGAUUUACUCGUGCUUUCCUGCCUCGCCAAUUUUGAAUUCUUUCUUGUUGCUACCCAAGGACCUUCGUUCCUGAAGUCAAUUCUCUGGUACUAAUAGUCAUUUCAAGUCUGAACGAUCGCACGCAGUUCUUUCCUUGACGAAUCCUACGAAACCCCAUUCGCACGGGCCAAUUUCGGUAUAGAAAAGUUUGUUUGCUUGGGUUUCUGCUCUUUUACCUGCACUAAGAUACCUAUCUCGCAGUUAUUCUUACGAAAGUCGAAUUUUUAUGUCAAACAUGUCUUUCCAGAACUUUGAUUCUUUCCAAAACCAGCACCCUGCUGCUGACGCCGCCGCUGCCGCUCCUGGCGCUCCUGCUACCGCGGACACCGCCAUGACCGGCCAGGCUGACCCUACUACCGCCCCCUUCCAGGGUCCUGCUCCCGGGGAGCCCUCUGCUGCCCCUGUUCCCCAGCAGGCCAACGAGGGAAAGACUACCCUCUGGAUGGGUGAGCUUGAGCCCUGGAUCGAUGAGAACUUCGUUCGCAACCUCUGGUUCCAGAUGGGUGAGCAGGUCAACGUUAAGAUGAUCCGCGACAAGUUUUCUGGGAGCAACGCCGGUUACUGCUUCGUCGACUUCGCGUCCCCUGCCGCCGCCGCCAAGGCUCUGUCCCUGAACGGCACCCCUAUGCCCAACACCAACCGUCUGUUCAAGCUCAACUGGGCUACCGGUGGUGGUCUUGCCGACCGCAGCCGUGAUGACCGUGGCCCUGAGUACUCGAUCUUCGUUGGUGACUUGGGCCCCGAGGUCAACGAGUACGUCCUCGUUUCUCUCUUCCAGAGCCGCUUCCCGUCUUGCAAGUCCGCCAAGAUCAUGACCGACCCCAUCAGCGGCAUGUCUCGUGGGUACGGCUUCGUCCGCUUCUCCGAUGAGAACGACCAGCAGCGUGCUCUGAGCGAGAUGCAGGGUGUAUACUGUGGCAACCGUCCCAUGCGCAUCUCUACCGCUACUCCCAAGAACAAGGGUCCCAGCCUUGGUGCUGCCGGUGCUAUGGGCAUGCCCGGCCCCGCGGGCAUGUACCCUCCCAUGGGCGCUCCCCCCAUGGGCUUCUACGGUGCUCCCCAGCCCAUGAACCAGUUCACCGACCCCAACAACACCACCGUUUUCGUUGGCGGCCUCUCUGGCUACGUCACUGAGGAUGAGCUCCGCUCUUUCUUCCAGGGCUUCGGUGAAAUCACCUACGUCAAGAUCCCCCCUGGAAAGGGCUGCGGUUUCGUCCAGUUCGUCCAGCGCCAUGCUGCUGAGAUGGCCAUCAACCAGAUGCAGGGAUACCCCAUUGGAAACUCCCGUGUGCGUCUGAGCUGGGGUCGCUCUCAGAACAACUCUGGCCCUGCCGGCAGCCCCUACCGCCCUGCUCCCCCUCCGCCUCCCAUGUACCCCUCCAUGGGCAUGCCUCCCGCUCACGGAUACGGCGGCUUCGCGCCUAUGAAGGUCGGUUCCCCUUGAACUCUCCCUCCGAGGCUGGUGGGGUUCAGAGCAUCACUAACGCCCAGACUUAGUAAAAGAGCUUUCCAUUUUAGUUUGAAAGAACCAGCAGGAGUUUUGUCAUUUCACGAUGGGUCUUUUGUGUUAUAAGUCUGCCAUGAUCUCUGCGAAAGUUACCCUCUAUAGCUCUGGAUG